AUGGCUGACAACAGAAGUGAAAUUCUGAUAACACCUAUUACAAAUGAUAGUGAUGAUGUCGUUUGGUUAUUAAAAAUAUCUCUUGGCAAUUGGAUAGCGCCAUCAGGAGAAAAGAAUUUACCUGUCAUUCUUGAUUUAUCUGUCAAAGUUAAAAUGCUUGGAUUAAACACAAUGACCGUUGAAGUAGAUAUUUCUCAUCCUGGAAUUGGGCGAAGAAUUAACUUAACAUUGCAGCAAUUUACGCAUCAAGAGCAAUAA